AUGCCUUCGGUACUGUUGAAGACAGAUCCAUCGCUCUAUGAGGGUGCAUUUCCAGCAUUCGAUAAACCGUCGGUGGUCGGAGAAAUGUGUGUUACCAAACAGCGUAAUGUAUUGCCGGGUAGGUGCCGGGCAAAAUAUCUUCAUGAGAAAAUUAUUGGGAAACGAUGUAAUUUUGACUUAAAUAUUGGUUAUCGCCAAUUUCAAAGCAAAGAUGUUUUGCAUAAUGAAAAAUUAGACAUGCUAUUGAAAUGGAUACUUAUACAUAGUGAAUCUGGAUCUUCUCUGGGAAAGGUUUGCCAUAGAGCCGAUUUUAUUUGUUGGCGUGGUACUCUGACGCGGAUUGCAUGUUCACCAUAUGAAUGUCGAGAUGGUUGGCGAAUAGCUGCUGUUCGGUACAAAUCUGUAAAUUUCAUCUGUGAGUUCCCGACGAAUGAAAAAAUCCUACAAUUAAAGUCAAUGUCUGAUCGCGACAAGUUGAUGACAUACUGGGGAUUUAAGUAUGAACAGUACGUGACAAGUGACUCUUUAUCGAGUGAACCAAACAUAAAUGAACCCGUGACGAAUUUAGAGGAAUUUGAUGUUAUUGUUAAAGCACGCUUGGGAGGACGAAAGAACGGUUUCCGUAUUCUGUAUUCUGGUGAGACCGACUGCAUUGAUGCCGAAGGCGAAUAUGUGGAACUGAAGACGCAGUGUAAGGAAUUAGCAAAUAAUUUUUGGAGACAUAAAGCAAUGAAGUGGUGGGUGCAAUCCUUUCUGAUCGGCAUACAAAAUAUAGUUGUCGGCUUUAGAGAUAACAAUGGCAUUGUGACUCACACUGAGUGGCUCAAAGUGCCACAGCUCGCAAAAAAAGCUCAUCAGUGGUCCGCAAAUGUUACCUUCAACUUUCUUCUUGCAGUACUAAAUCGUUUAAAAGAAUUGUUGGAAGUUUCUCCAGAUCUUAUAUACUAUGUUUUAGAAUUUGACCCUUCCAAACGAUGUGUAAUAUUUCAAACUUCUACAUCAAAUGAUACAUUCAAUUUCCUUCCGAACUGGUUCUUGCUACAUUUUGAUAAAUCCUAA